UCUAUAAUAGUUCAAUGUUUUUUUUAGAACAAUAAUAACUGCAUCAAUAAAUUGCUCUGAUAUUUAGAUUAAGAUGAUAUUUGUAAAAUUUGACGAUUUAAAAGUGCUUGUUGCUAGGCCUAUUUGAAUAAUGAAUAUUUUGACUUUGAAAGGUUCAUUACAAUCCAACACGUAGUUUUAAAAUGAGAACGAAACUCCUUUUUUAUGGGAAGGUGAAUUUCGGCCGAGCUUGCCGGGGGCUCUUAAAGAUACCCAUCUCGAGUGUAACAUAGACAAAAGUAUUCAAAACGAUCAGAGUUCAAUUUAUUGUAAUAUUUUUAAUUUGUAACAUAAUAUUAAUGGUGUUUUAGGGAUGAUGGCUCAACAAUACAAUAGAAGCAAUUUUGAUCAAGUCAUUAACAAGUACUCUGACAAAAAACUACUUGAAAUGGAUGUGUCUGAAGCUACAUAUUUUAUUAUCAAUUCUGUAUCCACUCAAUAUGUUGAUUCUGAUGUCCAAGAUAAUUUAAAUAAUCAAGAAUGUUGUAAAGUUGACGACAACGCCAAAAGUAAUUGUGGUGUUAUUCAAGCAAUAAAGAAUAUAGAGCUUACAGAGUCUGUUUCUAUUCAGAAAGUGAGUGAUGAGAAAAAUAUUCAAGAAUGUGCACAGGAAAAAGAUACUAUCAGCAUGAAAAAAAAACGUAAACCUAAGGCACAAAAACUGAUUAUACUGCCUAUGUCUAGCCGUGGGCUUAAUAUUUUUAAUAAAGCCCAAGAAAUACUAGAGCCAGACAGAAUUGAGAUGCCAAUACACACUAACAUUGCCAUACUAUUUCCUAAAAACCAUACUAAAGAGACAUAUGUAGAAUUACUAUGCAAGAUAGCGGAGAACUCUUUACAACUGAAAGAAAUAGAUGGUUCUAUACAAGUUAAAAUAACAAAUAAGACACUUAACGUCCCAAUUGAUCACUUUCAUAGUUAUUUACACAAUGAAAAUGACAUUUGGUGCAUAGUGUGCCAUCUCCCAAUUCCUAAAAGAGAUGAAGACAUUCACAGGUAUGAAGUGCGUCAUAUGAAUAAUCUGAUAAAGACCAUAGAUUGUCAUGGUAUGAGAAAGGUUCACUUUUCGUACAGUCACUGCGUCAUUUGUAACCUGGGGUUUAAAAGCAAGAAAGCUUCGGCUGCACAUAUCACCACACUUCGCCACAUCGAAACGAGAAAACUUUCACUCAGUUGCUGUUGAACGAAAUAACGAUAAGUUUCUUCUUGAUCUUUCAUUUUUGAUACAAGUUAUGUUAAUUAAAGUUAAAAUUACAGAA